UUCGCUUACAGUGGUUACUAGUCAGGCAGCUGUGAUAGGAAUUUGAGAUGACAAUGUCUGCAGAAAAUAGCAAAAGGAGUGGAGAAAUCAAAAGCUACUGUGACUGGAUGUCGCAGCUACCACCUGGACUUCACACGAUUCCUCUCUUUGAUCUGACCAUACCAGGCAGCCAUGACACAAUGAGUUAUGACUUAGACAUCAACUCCUAUAUAGUAGAGCCUGAUAACCUGAAAAGACUCAGCAAGAUCUACUGCGCACGUAUGAUAUUACGCAGAUGGGCGAUCACUCAGGAUGAGCCCAUCACAAAGCAGCUGGAUGCAGGAGUUCGCUACUUUGACCUGAGGGUUGCUCGCAAGCCAAAUGACACUGACCCUACCAGGCUGUACUUCUACCAUGGUCUGUGCACACACACUGAUGUGAAGACUGUUCUCAAGGUCAUAAAUGAGUGGGCAGUGAGGCACCCCAAGGAGAUCCUCAUCCUGGCUUUAUCCCACUUCAAAGGGUUUGACAAAGAUAUUGAAAUGCAACUCCACAGCCAUCUGAUCAACUUUAUCAAGACCUUGUUUGGAGCCAAACUUUUCCCUAGAAAUGACACCCCUACCCUUAAGCUUUGCUGGGACACAGGCAGAAACGUCAUUGUUUCAUAUGACCAUAAGGCCAAUCAGGACAAUCAGUUAUGGAGUAAAAUAACCUAUUACUAUGGCAAUAGUAUGGACCCCGUAACAGUUGAAUCAAACCUCACUGAGAAACUGAAAAAUACACCAAGACCUUUCAAAGGUUUCCUUGUCUGUGGCUUAAACUUGACACUGCCAGAUGAUGCCAGCAUACUCAAGUACAUCCUUCGCUGUUGUGACAACUUCACCAACGUCAUACAGAGAAGUCUGCCAAGACUGCUGCACUGGGUGAAGGACCAAGCAGUCAAGACGCCCAUGAACAUUAUCGCCUCAGACUUGGUCACACGCGACGAGUUUGUCCCAACAAUUGUGAAGCUCAAUAUCUCAAAACAUGUGUGAGAGCAUAGUGGAAACACGUCCUGUUUCAUGCUUAAAAAAAUAAUAACUAUCUUCUUACUGUCUUUAACUUUUACACCUCAACGAACCUAUGAUGUAUUUACCAGAUAAACACACAUUUUUAUAAGUUUGAAAUGUCCCAGCCCGCUGGCGCGCCACCAUGUGCACAUUUAUGGUAGUGCAAUAAAGUGUUAAUCCCA